AUUUUUCAUAAUUUUUUGCUACAACUUCACCAAGCAGCAACACACGUUUACAACGUAUAUAUAUAUAUGCCUGAGAUAGUGGAGCAACAGCCCCAGGAUGAUGGUGGAGAAGGUGAAAAGAAGAAGGAGUCUAAGGCUGUAGUUGGGAUUAUUUAUCCUCCUCCUGAAGUUAGGAAUAUUGUAGAUAAAACUGCCGAUUUUGUUGCUAGAAAUGGCCCUGAGUUUGAAGGACGGAUAAGACUUAACGAAGCAAACAAUACUAAAUUUAAUUUCCUUAAUUUUGGUGAUCCAUACCAUGCCUACUAUCAACAUAAGAUAAAAGAGAUUAAGGAAGGAGUUAGUCAAGAAGCUUCAAUGGAAACCUCCAAAGCUGCUCCCCGUCCUACUGUUCAGCCAGUUACUAUAGUAACAGAGCCAGAGAUACCAAAGGAACCUCCUCCUGAAUGGGAAUUUAUGGCUGAGCCUCCAGCAAUAUCAAGACGACAUCUUGACAUUGUUAAACUAACUGCUCAGUUUGUUGCUCGUAAUGGUGCUCACUUUAUGGAUCAAUUGAUGAUGAGGGAACAGAAAAAUGAAACAUUUGAUUUUCUCAGAAGAAACCACAUUCUUUUCUCAUACUUUACUAAACUUGUUGAACAGUACAGUAAAGUUCUGAUGCCAUCGUAUAGCCAAACUGAAAAAUUGAGACAGUUGGCUGAGCAUCCACUUGGAGUCAGUGAAUUAAUGGAUCAGGUCAACACUAGGGUAGUGUGGCAGCAGUACCAGGAUAGAGAGAAAAGGAAGGCAGAGGAGCAAGCAGAGAAAGAAAGAGUUGAGUAUGCUCAAAUUGAUUGGCAUGACUUUAUUAUUGUUGAGACUAUCAACUUUAGAGAGAGUGAAGCCGGUUAUCUCCCUCCACCUAUUCAACCAUCACAAUUGGCAGCAAGACUACUUCAACAACAAAAAUAUGAUAGACAAGAAGAGGAAAAUAAUGAAGUUGAAGAGAUUGAGAUGGAAGUGGAAGAGCAAGCGAUGGAAGAGGAAGCUCCAUCUAUUGAAAGCCAAUCAACAGUAGCAACACCUUCUCUUCCUCCUUCAGUCCCUGCAUUACCAUCAGGAACUAGUAAUGUCAAAAUAAGGAAGGACUACAAUCCUAAAGCUUCAGCUGCCACUACUAGUCAGCAGUUGCUGGUGUCACCAAUUACUGGAGAGAAGGUCCCAGCAGAUAAACUGGAAGAACACAUGAGACACGCACUUCUUGAUCCACGUUGGGUUGAUGUACGAAAGAAGAAGAUUGAAGACAGACAGCAAGAGGAGGAAGUCUUUGCUGAGGGUCUUAAUAUAGCAUCUAAUAUACGUCACUUAGCCAAGAAACGUACUGAUAUAUUUGGUAUGGAAGAAACUGUUAUUGGACAAGAAAUUGGUGAAGAGCCUCAAUCAAGACAGCCUGCAUCAUUGCAAUGGGAUGGAUACACAGCAAGUGUUGAAAAAACAAAGCAGCUGGCACAGUUAGCAGUAGCUAAAGGUGGACCUAUCACUCAGUCUGAUCCUGAUAUGGAAAAAAUUGGUCCUCGUGUACCUGGUUCAAAUCCCAUCCCUUCUCCUGUUCCUCCUCCUAAACAGAUAAUAAGAGAGAUUCCUAAACCUCCACCAGUUAUUGAUCAAUUGCCCAAGCCUCUCCUACCAACUCCUCCUCCUAUGCAAGGGUUCAUUCCAGCACCUGCAAUGAUACCUCAUCCAAUGCCCCACCCAUUCAUUCAUCCAGCUCCUCCUGUUGAGCCUCCUGCGGCAAAGAAGCCUAAAUCAGAUAUUGAUAAUCUUAUUCCUGAAAAUCAGUUUAUUGCAUCACAUCCUGGUCCAGUUACAUUUACUGUAUUAGUCCCUAAUGUGGGGGAAAGGUCAGAGUGGCCAUUGAAUGGACAGAAUUUGAGCAUUUCUUUGCCUAUCACAGAUCCAGUGUCAGUCAUUAAAUCAAAGAUUGCAGAUGAACUAGGGAUGCCACCUGGAAAGCAAAAACUUCAAAUUGGGACUCUGUUCAUUAAAGAUUCAAACACUCUUGGAUUUUAUAAUGUUACAAGCGAAACUGUCGUCCUUCUAGGCCUCAAAGAAAGAGGAGGAAGGAAGAAGUAGAAAAGGACAUUUUGUCGUGGAAACUAGUGACUGGGGUGUGGUAUUUAAUUUAAUGUACAAUUUAAAAAUAUUUUUUCAUUCAUUUGCCUCACUAUGGCAGUUUUCUGUUUGAGUAAUUAUUCUAAACUGUA